AAAUGAGAUGUGGUUUGAAGUUUCUGGUUUUCGUUUGCGUUUCUCCAUUGCUGAAUUUGCUGUUGUUACUGGUUUAAAGUGUUCUGGUCAAUUUGAUGAGUCUACUCUUACUUCAUUAGACAACAAUGACCUCAUCAAAAAAUAUUUCAACAACUCUUCUAAAGUCAGUCGUGAAGCAAUUACAACUUGUUUUCUCGGUCAACGUGCGGAUUGUGAUGAAGAUGCUGUGAAAAUUGCCAUUCUAUAUGUUAUUGGUUUGUUCUUGUUUACUUCGCCUAAGGAAAAGUUUAUUCGUGAAAGUUAUGUUGCUGUUGUGAAUGCUGGUUUGUGGGAAUUGUACCCUUGGGGGAAGGACCUUUUUGAUAUAACUUUGCAAAAUUUGAAAGGCAGACUCGUGAGAGCGGAUACUAUAAAAAGUGAUUAUUUCUUUUACCGUAUUCUGGGAUUUCCUUUAGCACUUCAGGUGUGGUUUUAUGAGUGUUGUGAUUUCUGUGAUGGCGUUUUUGCUUCAAGAUCCGGUUCUCUAGUUCCCCGUAUACUGUCUUGGCACUCAUCUGUUCCGCUCACAUUCAAGAAAUUGAAUAUGGAACUUCUGUGUUUAUCUGCUUCUCAGUUGAAGUUACACAAUCUUGUUCUCUCUGAUGUUGAAAAAGAAUCCCCUGAAUUGGAUGCUUUGUUUGCUGCUAAUAUCUUAAGGCCCCAAAGUGUUCCUUCUACUUCAAAUGCUGGGGAGGUG